AUGUCUAUCUUAACUGACAUUUUUCUCCGUGCGGAUGUGGUACGCAUUUCACGGUUACCUAUCUCACCUACCUAUGACGAUGCCUGGUUCUGGCAUGGGGAUCCUAGGGGCUGCUACACUGUCAGGAACGGCUAUAGGCGCAUAGUUGGGGAAGUUGACUACUCUUCAAGCAAUUUUGGUCAUUGGAAUUCCCUUUGGAAACUUAAAGUUCCUCCUAAAUGGAAAAUUUUCCUUUGGAGAACCCUCAAUAACAUAUUCCCUGUGACCACAAACUUGCUUUUAAGGAGGGUAGAGGUGGAUCCUACAUGUUCAAUGUGUGGUUUAGCUCAUGAAAAUGUUAUGCAUGCACUUGUGUUGUGUGAGUACUCCUCUAUGGUUUGGCAUGUGUCUGCUUUGCAUGUGCCUAGCGUGUUGGAUGUUUCUUUUGCAACUUGGUUUCCGAAUUUGAUGGUGGGAAUGUCUGAAGAUAACAUUAAUCUAACUGUGGCAGUGCUUUAUUCCAUUUGGCAAGCACGCAAUUCUGCCGUUUGGGAGGGAUGUCUCCCUUUGCCCAAAGCUGUUGCUACAAAAGCUGCUUCAUCAUUGCAUGCUUGGCGGUCUGUUCACCAUGCGGACGUUCUAGGAGGCGGAGGGGGUGCACUGGAGAGCUCUACACACAGUACGGUGCAGCAACCUCAAUGCUAUUUCGAUGUUGGACAUUUUCCGGACUCCUAA